GAAAGAUCGAAAACAUCCAGUCACUGCCCGAGAGUCUUUGUCCUUCGCUCAAGCCUCAGAUCUCCUGCACCAGAGCGCUACAAUGGCCGGCAAGAAGGCUCAGAAAUCCUCUCCUACCAAGAUGUCCAAGGACAAGAAGACGGCUCCUGCCCCUCCUGCGCCCCUCGUCGCUGCAAUUUCCUCAUUUUUGUCCGAGAACGGACUGUCGAAGACCCACGAGGCUCUCGCCAAAGAGCUGAGCAGCAAGUCUAUCAGUGCCGAUACCAAGAACGUGCCUUCUUUGUUGGAGCUUUUCAAAACCUGGGAGCAGCCCAAGUCUUCCAAAUCCGACAGCUCGGAUGAGUCUAGCUCGUCUUCCUCAGACAGCGAGAGCAGCUCGGACGACUCCAGCGACUCCGACGUUGAGAUGAAUGAUGCCCCGAAGACGCAGAAGAAGCAGUCUAGAAGCUCUUCGCCUUCUUCUUCAUCUUCCUCGUCCGAUUCCGACAGCGAUGCGGAUGACGAGAAGGAGGAAGAGGCUGCUGCUGCCCCUGCCUCCAAGUCCCAGGGCACCAAGCGCAAGGCCGAAUCUAGCUCUUCCGAAUCCGAGUCUGAGUCUGAGGCGGAGGGGGCUCCCAAGUCCAAGAAGACCAAACUGUCUUCUGCUGAGGCCUCAUCUUCCUCCGAUUCCGAGUCUGAUUCUUCUGACUCAUCCUCCUCUUCUUCCGAGUCCGAGUCUUCAUCAUCCAGCGAAGAAGAUAGUUCUUCCGAGUCCAGCUCUGAGUCCGAAUCCGAGUCUGACUCCGAUUCCUCCAGUGAUGAGGAGGAGACGGCCAAGCCCGAAAAGAAGGAGAAGAAGACCACCUCGGCCUCUAGCUCUUCUUCCUCCGAUUCCGAAUCCUCUUCCGAUGAAGAGAGCGGAAAAGCCACUCCGAACUCCGAGAGCAGCGAGACCGUCGAGAACUCUGAAUCUGACUCGAAGAAGGCAGCACCCGCUGCUAAAGUGAGCCAGACGCCCUCUGCCAGCGCCAGCCCUGCUCCUGGCAACGAGUUCCCUAAGAAGAAGCACACCGGUGCUCGCCCCACGCCCCUGGCUCUCCUCAGCGAGCAGCCGUACGACCACCACCCCUCGAACGAAUACAUCCCCUAUGCGUAUGCCGAGAAGGCCUGGGCAGAUCUGUCUGUCACCCGGGGCAAGGGUUUCACUAAGGAGAAGAACAAGAAGAAGCGUGGAUCUUACCGUGGCGGUCCCAUUGACAUCUCUGGCGGCAAGUCCUUCAAGUUCGAUGACUAGAUGAUGCGUUUCAGUCGUCCAAUACCCCAUCCUGUUUGCUUUUUUUCGCUAUCGAUUCUGGUCGAAGGGUUUUGUGGUCAACUUGGUCUAGCUUUCCACGUGCACUGGCUACAUCACAGAAGCUGCUAGACUUGGUCAACCAAUCCCAGGGAGAAAAAGCCAUUCUCUGUCACAUUAUUAGAUAAUCAGAUCUAGAUGCAUGCUUUAGAUCAUGGGGUCCCUCAAAAAUGUUUGCUUCUUGCAGCAAGGCGCUAAUGGAGCCGGGUCGGAAUUUUGCUUUCUUAUUUCUUUUCUCAAUCAACGUCAUCUCUGAUUGCCUUUCCCUUCUAACUGUAUCUAAAACCGUCUUCGGCUGAUUUCAGCAACCUAAAGAAACGAACUUGGU